AUGGCUUAUGAUUUAGGAUUUGUUGUGGAAAUAGUAAGAUCUGACAUACCUACUGGUGUACGGGGAAGAAAAACGUUCAUCAUACUUGGAUGUGAAAAAGGGGGGAAAUAUUGGAAAUACAAAGCCGAUGUGGUGGCUAGUGUAUACGACACUCGUAAAUGUGAGGGUUUGUUUAGAUUAAAGGGUAAACCAUGUUCAGAUGGAGCCCGAUGGGUGUUGAAGGUGAUGUGUGGACAUCACAACCAUGAGUUGGCUGAAACUUUAGUUGGUCACCCUUAUGCUGGCAGGUUAAAUACGAGGUUAACCUUCUCAGCAGCAUUUGCUUUCUUGUCUACUGAAAGGCAGAGUAAUUUCACAUGGGCUUUAGAAAAGCUGAAAGGUUUAUUUGUAACAUCUGAGGGUGGUCCUAAAGUCAUUGUCAUUGACCGAGACUUGCCUUUGAUGAAUGCCAUUGCAAAUGUAUUCCCUGAGUCAUAUCAGAUGUUAUGUCGGUUCCACAUCCUUAAAAAUGUUAAAGCUAAAUGCAAAAUGUUAGUUCAUUCUACUGAGGUUUGGGAAGUGUUGAUGUAUGCAUGGGAAAAUGUGAUGGAUUGUGAUGAUGAAAGCUUGUUUGCUGAGUAUGUGAAUGAUUUUCAAUACGCAAGCAGUUCAUGGCCUUUGUUCUUUGAAUAUGUGAAUCAGACUUGGAUUAUUUCAUACAGCACAUACUUUGUGAAGUUCUGGACGAACAAAGUAAUGCAUUUAGGGAACACAACCACAAAUAGGGCUGAAUCUGUUCAUUGGAGCCUGAAGAAAGUUCUGGGCAAUAGUAUGGGUGAUUUGUGUUCUUGUUGGGAUAAUAUUCAUAACGUCAUUAUCCUACAACGCAACAAGAUUAAGGCGUCAUUUGAAAGUAGUCUGUUGCUCACGAUGCAGCAGAUAGGAUUGGACUCCUCAAAGUGUGGAUGCAUAUUGAGACGUACAUUUGGUGUCCCAUGUGCAUAUGGCGAAUAUGAUCCUAGGAUAAUCCCUAUAGGUGAAUUUCAUAUCAUGUGGCGAAGAUUACAUUUCUCAAAUGUUGAAUUAAAUGAAACUGAGCCUCAGUUAUCCAUUAAAGAUGAGUUGAAACAAGUAGAAGAACGAUUCAAUGAGGUUGACAUUAGCACAUUGGCGACAAAGGAUGCACAAAAAAUUAAAGUUCAACGAAGUGAAAGGUCUACUACGUGGGAUCCAUCAUAUUUUGAGUAUGUGGACGCCUUUCAUUCAACCAUAGAAUCUUCAUCUGUGAGAAGUAAAUUACAAUCAAAGCCAAAAGCGGUGAAGAAAAGGAGAGUUUCAAUGAUAGACCAAUUUCAUUCUACUACUCACCCCUUCAUUAUGGACGUUGUUGAUGUUGUGGUUGAUGGUCACUGUGGGUAUAGAUGCAUUGCUGCGUUGUUGGAACUCGGAGAAGAUUCAUGGCCCGUUAUCAGGAAUGAGUUGUACAAAGAACUCAGUGCAUGGCGUGAUGAAUAUGGAAGCCUAGUAGGAGGCUAUGAUAGACUAGAAGAACUAAGGAACUCUUUGUUGGUGCAGUCACUAUCGGCGGCUAACAUGAACAAGUGGAUGACAUUACCAGACAUUGGUUAUGCAAUUGUUAACCGAUAUAACGUUAUCUUAGUAUGUUUGUCAUACUCUCAAAAUUAUACUAUCUUCCCACUACGUUUCACACCACCUUCGGAUAUAACUCAACAUCGCUUAAUUUGUAUAGGACAUGUUCAUGGAUGUCAUUUUGUGCAGGUUAAGCUACAAGAAGGUUGUCCGUUGCCCAUGGUGAAUAUCAUGUCCUCAACCCACUGUUAUCCUGAGGCACGAGCGUGGUCAUAUAUUUAUACUAGUAGGAUGCAAACAUUUGAACAGUUGAUGGACAUAACAACAUCUUUUGUUGACUUAGGUGAUUCGUGA